AUGAUAGCUAAGACCACUGAACAGGUCAAGAAACUUCGAGAUGGGAUGCUUACUGCGCAAAGUCAUCAGAAGAGUUACGCCGAUCAGAGGCGGAGGCCCUUGGAAUUUGAGGAAGGAGACCAUGUUUUCCUUAAGGUUACUCUAACCACAGGAGUAGAUCCUGGAGAGAGUUGGACCGGUGGCGUAUCGGAUGGCUCUACCACCCCACCUUUCAAACCUGCACGACACAUUUCACGUGUCGCAGCAUCGAAGGAAACUCCUGAUGCUAGCCAUGUGUUAGAACUUGAAUAUGUUCAGUUAAAAGAAGAUUUGUCGCUUCUAGUGGCUCCGGUCAGAAGUGAUGAUACGAGUAUCAAAUGA